AUGAACAUUUCAGUGCCUAAACAUGCUCCAACUGAUGUAGAAGUCUUUCAAGAAGGAGACAAUGUCCUUGUUGAUUUUGAGCCUCUGCCACUGAGCAAGAUUCCAGGGCAGACGCCGGCUGUGAACAACAUAUCACGUGCUGUUGCCGUGCUUAAGAGAGCAGGCAUGGGCCCUCAAAGUCCGUGGCUAACGUUCACCACUGGGAAAUUGGAGACUAAAAAACCUAGAAAGACCACAACAACAGUAACAACAACUACUACUGCUCCUGAACCGGCGAAACCACUUGGGGUGACGUGUCCUUCUCGAUGA